AUGGCCAAAUACGAAUGCAACGAGCACAUGGAAAACUUCUUGAGGGAAUUGCCCAAAUGUGAACAUCAUGUUCACUUGGAAGGUACCUUGGAGCCCUCUUUGUUGUUCAACUUGGCUAAGAGAAACAAUAUUACCUUGCCAUCUCACUUCCCACCUUCGGUUGAAGCUUGUGCUGUCAGAUACAACAACUUUGCUGAUUUGCAAGACUUUUUGGACCAUUACUAUAUCGGUAUGAGUGUUCUCAUCACUGAGAACGACUUCUACGAUUUGGCCAUGGAAUACUUCAAGAAAGCACAUUCCGAUGGUUGUUUGCAUUCGGAAGUGUUCUUUGAUCCUCAGGGUCAUGUUGAAAGAGGUAUUCACAUCGAUACUGUAGUUGAAGGAUUCGACCGCGCUUGUAAGAAAGCUAACGAAUUGUUCGGCACUACCAACAAGCUCAUUAUGUGUUUAUUAAGACACUUGCCAGCUGAAUCUGGUUUGAAGACCAUUGAUGAUGCUCACAAGCACUUCGAAUCUGGUGUGAUCCAUGGUAUGGGGUUGGACUCCAGUGAGAAGCCAUUUCCACCACACUUGUUCACCGAAUGUUACAAGACUUUGAAGGACAGAUUCCCCCAAGUUGGCUUAACUGCCCACGCUGGUGAGGAAGGUGACCACACAUUUGUGUCCAAUUCGCUUGACUUGUUGACUGUUUCCAGAAUUGAUCAUGGUGUGAACUCUCAGCACGAUGAGCAAUUGAUGACCAGAUUGGCUCAGAACCAGACUAUGUUGUCCUUGUGUCCAUUGUCCAACGUCAAAUUGCAAGUUGUGAAGGAUGUCAGUGAAUUGCCAAUCGACACGUUCUUCAACAAGAAUGUUCCAUUUUCGAUCAACUCUGAUGAUCCUGCUUACUUCGGUGGUUACAUCUUGGACAACUACCGUGCCGUUCAUACCCGUUUCGGCUUCUCGACCGAACAAUGGCGUCAAAUUGCCUUGAACGGUAUCAACGGGUCCUGGUGUGAUGAAGAUAGAAAGACGGAACUCAGACAAUUGGUCCACUCUAUCCACAACAAGUACAAGGACUUGAUCUAG